AUGGACUUGCAGGGCGUCGCAGUUGUUACUCAAGGACCGACCGGCUACCAGCAAGCCAGCGCAAUGCAACCGAACAUCAACGGAAUGUUCAAUGGCAUACAAAAUGGCGUACCGAAUCUCUUCGAUCAGAACACAUCCUGCGCACCCCCGAAUGGGUUUCCCCGCUGGAGUUCUACAUCCUCGCGGAGACCCAGUCUGGAGAGGCAACAGGGCUUUGCCUUCGACGACACCGGGCUUGACCCGUCUUAUGGACAGCAACAAGCGUAUAAUCAGGUCUCAUGCACUCAGACUGGUUAUCAGCAACAGUGGGACAAUAACGGCCCAGCCGGCGGUAUUCAAUUUGACCAAAGCGUACCGUCUCACAAUGCCACGGGACCCUUCCAAGCAGGGCAAGGCCACGGCAUGAACCAGGGACAGACAGCACCGUUCAUAUUGCAGCAACAGCCGCCGGGUUCGAUGGAUGGACCCGGGGGUACUCAGUUAAACAACAUGGGAGGCUAUACUCUGACUGGUGGAAAUGGCACUGGUAUUGGAUACCAGCAAAGUCAGCAGAAUUACGCCUCCGUUCAGAUGGAAGCCGCUCCGCUUCCAGGGCAAGCCAAUGUAGCGGACUCCCACGGGGACCAUAGCGUGGGAGACGAGGCCAAUGGCUGCUUCGGAGCGAUAAACCGGAAUUGGGACCGGCAAGAUACGAUUGACUUUUCUCCGAUGCACGGCGACUUUUACGUCACGCCCGGGCACCGACCGCACCAAGACAACCUCAAUUCGGCUUCCCAAAGUCAGAUGCACAAAGGUACGCCGAACCGGCGUCCCGUCAAACUUGUCCACCCAAAACCCAUCAAAACUAAACCUGGACAUGAUCCCUACCGGGAAGAUGACAAAGACUACCAUGACCCGUACGAUGAGGACGAGGAAGAUGAAGAAGAACAAUACCAGGAGGAAGACUUCAUGGAAGACCCAUACGAAGAGUACGAAGAAGAUCAAGAUGGUUAUUACGAAGAAGAUGGCUACUACGAAGGGGAAGAAUACGCAGAAGGAACGUACAAUAACGGAGAAUACGACGAACGAGGGUACAAUGACUACAAUCGCGAGAACCAAAAAGCAGAUUUCGGAGCACAGAAUGGAUACCAAGCGAACCGAGCGCCACAGCAACUAGGGAACCUCGAAUCGCAACAACAGAAACAACAACAACAACAACAGCAACAAUCACACCAAAAGCAAGACUAUGCAGAUGCAAACGACCACCGGGAACCCUACGACUCGAACGGCGCCUUCAUACCUCGGGUAUCGAAAAGCAUCGAUGACGAUAAUUCCAGGUCCUGGUUCAAUUCGGAUAACCAGAUCAACCGGAGCACGUCAACGCUUUACUCGACCACGGGCGGCAGAUCGUUCGACUACAACGAUUCGUUCGAUCAGGGUACCGGGACACAUCAAGCCUACCAACAAACGGACCAACAAGCGCCUGGUUUAGCAAACCAUAACGCACAAUCUGGGACACAGAUGCAACAGAAUGAAUUCACGAUGCCAGGAAUGCAGAACCAACAACAGACGUUUCAACAGCAACAACAAAAAGCGCAAACAAAAUCCGCUGGUGGACUUGAGCGGAAGCCAUCGCUGCAACGUCAGCACGCCACUCAGGACCAUUAUCAAGAUCCACCCAUGAAACCAAUUUUCGAGAGGACGCCGUUAUCAUCUUCGGCCUUACAUAGCGGUCAACAGAGCGCCUACGGUCAAAGUCCGCAGGCUACAGCAUUUCAAAAGGAUUCACCUCCGUCAUACCAGGCUUUGCAACGCAGUAGAGAAGGCAGUUUAAUUACAACUCUGGCAGCUAAUGCGUCAGCAAACGGCAUGGGAGCGACUAGCACUAUGGUCUCCGGCCCUCCAGGAACGACGUCUUCCGUCUUGACCUCGGCUAUGAUCAGCACUAGUAUGCCGUCGUCCAGAACUUCGAAUACUGUGAGCUUUCAUGAAGAGGGUAACCAGGUUUACCCCGCAGAGCCAGAAAUGCAAUCGCCAUUACAACACAAGCUUAGCUCCGAGGGGUCCGAGUCCACGUUGUCGACAGCUGAUUACUAUCAUGUACUGUCGGCCCAUAUCGAGCAGGCCGUCGACGCCUUCAUGGAGAGGCUCGGCGGCCGACUUCAGGAUCUCGAAAUGGAGCUGAGAUACGCCUGGCGGGCCGUCGACUUACUUUCGACCGAGUACGCGAAGAUGUGGGACAAACUCGAACGGCUCGAAAUUCUCUUAUACGAACAGCAGGAAGUUAUAGCUCAGCUACUCAUCGAGUCCGCGCAGGACGGCGAGCUCGUCGCCUUCGAAACGGCUCAAGCGACGGCGGCGAUGAUGCACUUCGAAGAUGCAGACGUUCAGGACGGUAGUCCUGCGCAUUGGAAGCGGGUGAACAGCUCCAACGUACAGCAGCAGCAAGAACAACAACAACAAAACCUUCAGCAGCUUCAAGGUGGCGUCGAAAUGAGAGCCAUGCCAUCUUCGCCGCCGCAUCCGUCACUUGAGAGGAAAAGAUCAAGUGUUGACGAAAACGACGCCGUUGGCGGAGCUCGCCGUAAGAAGCCGGCUGGAGACCAGCUCUCUGUUCGUGAGAAUCACUUGAGUUCGUCGUCAGAGCCGUCCCCGGAGCAUACCGCCGACAGUUCACCGCCAAGCCGACGGCAUUCGAAAAGAGACGGCAAACGACGGAGAAGUAAACGGAGAUCGUUCCAACGACAAACGUCGAUGAGCGUGGGAGGCGCUCCCGUUUCCGAAGCCGAACAAUUAUUGCAGACAGGCCAAGGCGCAAAGCAGCGUCAACUAACUGUGAUAACGUGCUCUAUAACUACAGUGGCCACGACCGUAACCACGACGUCUUCUCAACAACCGACGACGGCAGCGACGACCGUCGCCAUAAUGGCCGCAGGUCAGCUACCCGCUAACCAGCAGCAGCAGCAGCAACAACAACAACAACAGCAGCAGCAAUUAUUUAUGGCCGGGAGCAGUCAGCCUCUAGAGAGAAUUAUGGCGGUCACUUCGGACGCACGAGCAUCGGUCACCGAGACGGCUACAACAAUUCAAUCAGCGACUAGGAUUCCGUCCGGUCGUAUAGUAGAUUGUAGUAAGAGCAGCAAUCUCGCCCUUGUGCAACAGUCCUCCCCAUCGUCGUCUUCGACGCCGACUUUCGUGUCCACCGUAGCACCCGAUACUCUCCAGUCGGCGAGCCUCGCUGGAGAUCAACACCCAGUUUCUAUUGUGCAACAGAUGCAGCGACAACAGAUGAAUCAACAGCAUUCUGUUCAACCAAAACCGACAACGUCUCCACCAAAAGCCUCAAUGACGUCAACAGCAGCGUCUGGCAUAGUGGGACAAGCGAACCAGGCGUCCAAGGACAUUUUGGCAUCGUUCGGAGAACUGAGUUUCGAGCGGUCGCAGGAAGACGAAAGCUUCCUCGACGAUCGCGUCUAUCCCGAGGAGGAACCGUCGGAGCCGCCUAUCGAGUUUCCAGAGUUCACUCCUACGUCGUUCCACAACCUGAUAGGGGGCGAGAGCGCGCCCCUGACCGUGGCUCAAGCCCAACUGCAGCACGAACAGCAGCUCGAGUACCGGUCUCAGCAGCAGCAACAACAACAAGCAGAAGGACAACAAUUCAGUUCAUCGUUCUCUCUCGCCAAGAAGCUCGGUAGCAAAAUAGUUAUCAUGGGAUACUGUAAGGUGGUUGAUCAAGCUAAUAGUAUGCUAUCAGGCAAAAUGACUCGAUCCUUCAGUCAGGACGAGCAGGAGAUCCAGGGCGGUCCGAGCAUUGUCUCAGACAUGUCUCGGCUCGGCUACGGAUAUCCGCAGGACGCUUUCCAGCCGCCAAGUAGUCAACCCAUCCAGAGUGUUACCCAGCUAAUGAGUGGCGAUGAUCCACCACUCGAUUCGCCUCUCGACGGCGAUGACGAGAUGCGUCGUCGGAGAGAGCACCGCGAACCGAAAGUCGUUCCCAUUGACCAUCCACCGACUCCGACGAGCACGGGGAACCAAACGUUCUUCAUAGCUCCGCAGAAUCCGUACGAAGAGUACCACGAAGUCGAAGUGGCCUCACGCAGAGGAAGCACCGAAUUCAGUCGACGAGGCAGCCGGAAUGACCUCGUAUUCGAUGUGAUGUCAGGCAGUCGUCGAGGUAGCUCUGAAGGAGCGAUGCAGCAGCGUAGCAGGCGAUCGAGCCAGCAGAGUCUGCGAAGACUAAGUAGUGGAUACGAGGGUAGCGCGAAAGAAAUCGGCAACUUUACGUCGCAGGAAGAGGAAGACCACAUGAAAGAAUGUGCACAAACCGAAUGGCGUAACCUGGGCGUAACCGACAUGCCCCCUGAACAACAACCGGUUGACUUCGGGCUUGGCGACAGCGUCAGCCGGAGUUCCCAAGAAUUCGGUGGCGGAGCACCAGCCACGGCGAACGACGUCCCUCACCAAGGCCUCGCAGCAGCAGCAGCAGCAUCGAAUUUGUUUUAUGAUCAGCAGCAACAACUUCAACAGCCACACCUGCAGCAAAGACAGCAGAAGCAGUCUACAGGUGGCGGCGAUCAAUCAGCUGUAGCGUCGUCGUCGGCUACUAGCAGCAGCAGUAAUUUGGAGAACUCGGACCUUAUGCAUCAGUCAGUAUUGUCAGGAGCAGCAGCAGCAGCAGCUCAGCAGCCUCCGGGAUCAGGAGCAACAAGUAUGGCCGAAGAGCAGGAGAGUGCCUCGAUGGUCCCCAUCCGAUUGGUGAAGCGCAGUAUGCGUCACGUUAUGGAACGGAUGGCGUCAAUCAGCGCACCGCAAACCGCAGGAGAGGAGGCGACAACGGCCGGUAGUAAUGACCGUAAGGCGAGUGUGGCUUCACAGGGUGAGACUGGGUCAGGCUCCACUCCAAUCGGUACGCCCCGUAGUGCAAGUAUCAAAUGCGUCAGCUUUGCAGAGGCCAUCGCGAAGGCCAAAGCGGACGCCGAACAGCAUGCGGCCGCUCUUGCAGCUCAAGCACAAGCGCUUGAAGCUGCACAGCAAGCGGCCCAACAACAAGGACAACAGCAGGAAAAGCAACAACUUGAUGAUCAACUGGAAGAGGAACAAAUCACUGAAGAUGGUACGAUUAUACAGAAACAGGCUACUGGUCGGUCCCUGAAGAAUUUGGGCUCGCAAGGGAGCCAGGAUGGAAAAGCCAAAUGGCUUGCUCUGGUUCAG